AGUAGCAACCUUAGUAGCUAUUCAAAAUCCUAAUACAUUAGAUGCUGCAAUCACUCAAGCGAAAACUGUUGAAGCAGAAAGAUAUUAUGCCAUGGAAUAUGAUUUUAGCAAGCCAAAAGUUGAGGACGACCUUGAAAAGUUGACUAAACAGUAG